GAGACGCGAGUUACGGCUGGCUUGGCUGCAGCGUCACUCACCCUAGAACACCGAACAACUGGAGAGACUGAGACAGCGACAAGCAUGUUUGUCCUGAACUGCUCAUCCACCGACCGUUUCAUGUGCUCAAAUAAGUGAAGUGGCAUGGUCAGUGUGAUAUCCGAGCAGAUUACGGGCGAGGGCCAUCGCGACAACGUUGCCAAGUUACAUAAUUGAAACAGACCAGACGGACGCAGUUACUUGGUGUGGGAACAGACACAUGCGUAUUCCAAACUUGUAGAACCGAUAAAAAUGUUCCCGGUUCAAUGCAGUGGACUCUAGAGCGGAGGACAGGUCAACUGAUUCGUGAUCCAAAACCCAGAUUUCCGCGGUCGCGGGGGUGACGUCGUAGGGCGGGUUGAGGAAUACAGGCGAGCUCACUGUUGCAGCUCGGCGGUAGAUGCUUAUGGUUCUUGAGGAAAAUUAGGAGUGAGCCUGCUUACUUCGAGAUUUGUGAAGUCAGGAGGCUGCGGUCUAGACCCGUUGUGUGCGCUUGCCCGGAUGGUACGAAAGCCAACUGAGCGGAACCGGUUUGUGGACGAUCUAGUGGCGGCUUGCAGCGACAUGUGAUACUAGUUUCUCUGCAUAUUUCUUCAUUUACAGCAAAACGUCUACAUACUAUUUUUCAUAGUAUUUUCAUCGUGAAUUAAAAAUAGUUCAGAAUCGUCAACAGCGGCUGCUCACCCUGCUGACUUUAUUGUCGCACGCACACGGUGUAGCACAUCAAAAUAGACUUCUCAAUGUUAGAAACAAUGUCCUGUGGCGUAUUUUGUGGUUCAGUGAUGUGGUAUAAAAAUGAAUUUUCCACAGUUGCUGCCGCUGCGAAAGAUUGACCUGGAUGUGUCCUGCCUUCGGUACAGAGGUAAACGACUGGUGUCCUGGGGAAGGCCGUCGGCCAGAGAGCGGCGCGAAUCUCCCGUAGCCUACGAAACGACUAUAUGGCACGCAACUUUUUUGCGCUCUCUCUUUCUGCAUCUAACUUGCGUAUCGUCAGACUGACUCUUUGCUUUGCUCGUGUCAUUUUUUCCCUCUGAUUCAUGGACUAAAACCGUCGGCGACGAACGCCAGUAGGCGUUUGGUGCCAGUGUGCGCAUGCAAAGAACAGACACGCAAAAUCUGCAUCUGCAGCGACUCAAGAAGGAACGCGUUUUCAGCCGCUUUGGUGUUGCAACCUCGCCUUCUUUGUUCGCUUUUUCUCCGUCGCAGACCACUCCCCGUCCAGUUUGCGUCAAUUUGCAGCAGCCCAUUUUUCGCGCUAAGGCCGUGCACCAGAGUCUCUUUCGAAGCCCCGAAGAGACGACAUCGAGGCUUUCUCUGUCUCUCUGCAGCUCAAUGUCCAGAACUCCUGAAGAGAAACAGGAGGGAAAUGAUGUUGUUGUCAUUGACUCAUCCCUUAACAGAGGGCUGUCAUGUGUUAUGCGUGGAAGGUUCUUCCUCUUGAAAACGACAUGAAAGUGAAGGAUAAGCUGGAGAGGAAGCUGAAGAGGAAACCAGCUUACGAUGGUCCGACUGGCGCGAAGAGUCCCGGCAGAGGGCCUGAGGCCGCUGCCUCGUCCACAGGCACGUUCUCUUGUUGCAUGCGUAUCAGUCAGCCACAGAAACCUGAGUGAAUGCAAAGGUACAUUUGAAAGCUGCACUCCUCUCCUACAUCCUUCCUCACGCUUCUCUCCGCUUCGAGGGGAUUUUGCAUGCAAAAAUGUGACAGGCCAGCCAUGCGAUUUCUCGGUGGAACCCAGAGACAUCGCGGCUACACAGAGAGAGGGACAUGCAGCGCCCUUGCCCUCGUGCAGUCGACAUGCAGCGCAUGAGAAUGCUCUUGAGUCGUGCUGUAACAAACGCUCUGCUCUUCUAAUCCAACCUACUGACAGGCAGUCCAGAAAGCGACACUCUGAAUUCCAUCACCUUUCGCCUCCAUCUUGUCCCUCGUCUUCUUCGUUCUCUCCAUCUUUUUCUCCUCUUUGCAAUGCUUUCUCAGUGCCAAUUAGAGGAGCUCUCUGUGAAGAUAUCCUUGUUUCGCCUGGCGAACUUGGCUUAUCCAGGGGACUGCGCUGGGACGGACAGCGAGGGCUAAGUGGCUGCCCUCCAGCUGCUCUCCCUCUCUCACGGCGGACCCUUUCUUCGCAUGCAGUUCUUCAGAGGCGCGGCGCCGAGGCGAACACAGAGAGCGACGAAGGGCACCGAGAGACGCAUCCCUCAGCCUGGAGUCCAGCCGUCUGCUUUCCUGGUUCUUCCUCCGAGUCCACCGGUUCCUCUGCCUCUCACGCUCCUCAUGAAGGACGUGAGUCACCCCCAACGUUUUCUCAUGCGGAAUCACACAAAGUCGAAAUCGAACAAGACUGCACCUGUUCGUUCUGCAAGCCUGUGGCCACAGGAUCGCCUCCCUCUCCGCCCGACUCACUACCCCCGUGGCUGUCUGCAUACGCUUCUUCUUCUACCUUCCUGUCUGGUGCGGAGUCGUCUUCGCUUUCUUCGGAUACUUCUUUGCUGCCUCCUUCUCGCUUCCCGUCCCCAGCGGUUCACCCUUCCUCUGCUGUCUCUUCGACCGGUGCGCCUCUCCGGAGGGGAGCGCCAGCCCCCGCCGCUCUUCUGUCUGUCUGUGAAAAGCGGACUCGAGCAGGUUGUCGCUCGUGGACGUUUUGGAGUGCCGUCAGUGCAUGCAUUCGCGCGCAUUUGCCGCCUCUUCCGCACGCGGAGAACGAGGCGUUCUUCCAAGACCUGUAUCUCAACCAGGACGUCCCCCCUAUUCUUUCUCUCCCUUCCUCUCCUGCUCCUCUUUCGUCCAGCAACUGUCUCUCGCAUUUUCACUUGCUGCCGGCUCCUUCGUCUGUGCUGCCUCGUCAGGUCUCGUUUCCGUUGUCUUUGUCGCCGCAUGCGUCGCCUUUUCAGGCGCCUCAGUGGUCGAUGCAACGCUUCGAUCUCAGGACAGCCUUGCGCCUCUUCUGUCUUCUCGGCAACCAAACGCCUCCUUCAGUGUCUCACUCGCCUCCUUUCUCUUCUUCCUCUUCCUCCUCUGCUGUCGCGCCCGUUUCGUCUUCCGCUUGUUCGCGUUCGUCUCCUCUUCCUCUACCUCCUUCCGUCGCUUCUGCUGCUUCGCCCUCUGCCUCGUCUGCCACCGCUGCUGCCUCGACGUUUUCGUGUGAAAAGCAGGAGAAAACCACGCAGCUUCCAUCUGACCUCCACUCGGGUGAAGCGCGAGCCUCAAGAGAUCCUUACUGCGACAAACGCUCCGAGGAUAACGGACCUUGUGCGGCAGACAGCACGCAGACAGAGGCGCGCAGACGCAUGCACGAGGCGACUCUGCACUUUGUGGCGGCUCACAUUCUAAUGCGAUAUCAACUUGCCUCGACUCUUGCUUCUCGAAGCAAAUCGGGAUGCGACAGACACAACGACCGCCUUCCCGCGCUCUCGGUCCACGAGCUCCGACACCUCGUUCAGGUGUACAUACACCUUGCAUCGCAGACGGACUGCCGCGUGACGGCGUCGUGGGUCGCGUUUCUGUUGCUUGCCCGCCACACCGUCUACACCGUAGUGCGCUCUGCGCUCUCUCCCGUUGCGCCUUCUUCGUCUUCUCUCUCUUCUUGCGCGUCGCUUCUCUCUGCUUCUCUCUCUCCCCAGCUGUCUCUACACUCGAAUCCGGUGCUUCGCAACCCGUCGGCAGGUCCGUCUCUCUCGCAGCUCGUCUUGCUUCUCGCUGCCUUCUCUCCUCCCUCUGACUCCCCUUCGUGGUCUUGUUCUUCCUCUUCGCCAUCUGGCUGCGCGUCUCUGUCGAGUUCUGUCUCGCUCGCUUUGGAGCGUCCCAGUCGAGACUUUUAUCGGCCUCGGUCAGCGCCGUCGCUCCUUCCCCCGUGGGCGCGACUGCCUCCGCCUGCAGACUUUCUGCUUCUGCUUCAAGUGAAACUGACUCAGCAAGGUGGCGCGAGCCUGUCUGCCGCUGAGCUGGUCCAAGCGGCCUUCCUCUUAGCCCCACACGCAUCGAUUCUCGGUGGAGGCCGAGACAGUCAGGGAGUUCUGACCUUCAAGGCCAUUGGAGACGAACUGGAGUACCGAAUUGAGGAACUCUGUGGCGGCGUCUCUUCGUCGGCUCUCUCUGGAAGCGCCGGACUGCCUCCUGCAGCGUUUUCUCUUGAGCAUCUCGGCAAGAUGGAGGCGGGGCCUGAGUUGGCCAUCCGCGCAGUCCAGGCCUUUGCAGACGCAGAUGUUUGCCACGAACCAUUCUUCAGCAGCCUCUGUCUGUUUCUUCUCUCUCCUUGCUCAUCUGCCUCCUCUUCUGUCUCGUCUCGAUCUUCUUCUUCUUCGUGUGCUGCUCGUGCGUCUGCGACAGCGAGGGCGGCAGAAGACGAGAAGCGCGAAGCGAGCCAUGGAGGUCGAGAGACGGAAGAAAGCGAAGACAGCGAGAAAGAAGAGAACACAGUGGUCUGGCUAGACACGUGGAGGACAGGUCAAAUAGCGGACCUUCUCUUUCAGUUCAGAAGACUGCGCUUCUACCACGAUGACCUCCUAGACUAUCUAUGGACUUCGUACGACGCGGAGGCGCUAACGCCUGCGGCUCUUAGGCAGCGAGACUGGGAGAAGAAAAGAAAGAGAAACGCAGCAGGGAAAAGCAGACGCCGACCCAUCAGACGCACCACAGUCCACCUGCACUCGCAGUCGCUGUCAAGCGCGCAAAAGCCUUCUGCGCAGAGGACCCCCUCAACGCGGCCCCGCUCGACGUCUCCAAGCGUCUCCCUGUUGCCACAAGUCUCUCCUUCUCCCUUCACAACUUCCACGUCUUCUUCCUCCUCCUCGUCUGCCUUUGAUUCCCCGACGCUGGAGGAUACGCCGCCUCCUGGCCUGUGUCCUGCAGGAGCAGAUGGACCGCCUUUCCAAGUCGCGGAAGCCAAAGAGAGAAAGAAAAUUCGAUUUUACGACAAGUGCACUCCGCACCAACUUUUGACUUUUCUUCACAUGGCCGGACACAGCGAAGUCCCGCCUCCCUCUCCUCAAUGGCAGACGCAGGUUGCGCAGCUUCUCGUCUCCUCCGCUGUGGCCUCUCGGCCUACCGUUUCCGGAUCUUCUUCUUUGGGACCUGCGUCGUCCUUGUCUCUGAUUGCCACCCUUUCGCGUCUUCUCAGCCCUGUUGAGACAGGCGACUUAGGGACGUCGCUUCUGCGUCUGACUCCCCUCGCAGGCGCCGAGGCCCUCGCGGCCCUCUGUGGGGGUUUCCCCAGGAGACAGGGUGACUUGAGUUCCGCUGACAAGGCAGAGGCAACUUCACCGAGCACAGGUCUCGAUGGAAUCGGCGCCGUCGCCCCUGAGAGGGGAGCGCGGGAGACAGAGAAAACGCAGGUGAACCUCGAGCCCCAGAUAGGGCACCGGACGAGAUACGCCGCGGCCGAAACCGACCACUCUGCUGGGCGACUCGAACGAGAAGAAAGGGAGAAGAAAGAAGAGACACGCAACUUUUUGAAGGCGAUGCCUCUCUCGCAGUUGCCUUCGUUCUCUUUAGCUGUCCUUCUCCACUCUCCGCCCUUGUCGUUCCUCUCCGGUCGAACGCGAAGGACAACUCUCGAUUGCGCAGAUCACAACUUGUCUUCGGCUUGUGCGCCGCGGUGGUCUCCUUGCUCAUCUUCCCUACCGUUGUCUCUCUGUCAAGGCUCUUCUCCUUCUUCGUCGCGUUCGACUGAGUCUUCGGCGCCUGCUGCAUCUGAGGAAAACGUGGGCAGAGACCUUGGGUUUCUGCACAGAGCGCCGGCCGGACGACGGUGGCCGCGGGAGACUGAAGAGACAGUUCUGUUGUCUUGGGCGGUUUUGCUAGAGCGGAUGCUGAGACUUUGGAGACGCACAGCAGCACCCAGUCUGCACCCGCUGCUCAACUACGCUCUUCUCCACCACCAGUUAUCGUCGGACUGUAGAGACACUCAGUGGCAGUCCUCACAAGCCUCUGAUUCCUCUUCAGCGGCUUCGAAAGACUGGGUCAGUGCUUCACGCGGGAAUGCCUCUACCUCCGAACUUCAUCGUUGGCCCCCCUCGUCGACUUCUUCGCUGUCUUCUUCACCUUCUCCUUCUUCGUCUUUGGACUGGUCUGAGAUGCCCUCUGUCGCUUCGCCUGUUUCUUCUUCCUUCCUGACACGGUUGUCUUCUGCUCCCCACUUGUCUCUCCUCAGGUCUCUCUUGCUCUUCGAGCAGAAGUCUUCUCCUUCUCCUUCUUCUUCUCCUUGUUCUCCUUCUUCUUCUUCUUGUUCUCCUUCUUCUUCUUCUUCUUGUUCUCCUUCUUCUUCUUCUUGUUCUCCUUCUUGUUCUCCUUCGCCUCCUUCUUCUUCUUCUUCUUGUUCUCCUUUUUCUUCUUCUUGUUCUCCUUCUUGUUCUCCUUCGCCUCCUUCUUCUUCUUCUUCUUGUUCUCCUUUUUCUUCUCCUUCUUCUUCGCUUCAGAAAUACCUCGUUUCGCCCUUGGUGCAAGGCGUGCCGAGUCAACUGCCGCUGCGUUUGGAGCCUCGCUGGGCGUCUGCGGAUCCCGCCGUGGAGGCGAGUGUCUCGCGUGGGGUCGACUGGGCGAGGUGCGAGAGAGCUGGGGAUGAGGAUGGAGACCCGGUCCGCCGAGAGAGUUCUUCCUGGAGCCCUGCCCUUUGGAGCGAAUUCGCCGACAGAGAAAACGCAGCCACAAUCCGUUCCCAAGAGGCAGACAUCGCAGAUGUUCGCCUGUCGACCGCGGCGCGUCUCUGUCGUCAGACGCUCCUCUCGUUACUGGUGUAUGUACACCUGAGCGCGGCGCCACUUUCCGCUUCCUCUUGUGAGCUCCCUCGCGUUUCAGCGAAGAGCAGGAGACACUUGGGAAGCUACGUUGUACCUGGGUCUUUGUCGUCGCGUCUUCCAGCUUCCCGCACACCAACAGAUGCUUCAUCUGGCCUUUCUUCGUCUUCGUUCUCUUCCUCUUCUUGUUCCGCGUUCGCUGCUUCUGCUGGACAGAAUGUUGUGGCGAGCGCGCUUUCGUCUCUUUCACUCGACGACGUGAGAAAGGUGUACUUGUUGACGGUGCUGGCGACUUCCGGUCUCUUGUGGCGAGACACUGGGGGUGGGUUCGGAACGAAGCGGCUGAAUGCUCCAGUUGAUCGCUUCAAGGAAGAGAGCGCGCCGUCGAUUGGGAGACCAAAGACUUUGGAUGAGGAGAGAGCGCGAGGAAGCGUGCUAAAUCUCCAGGCGCUGCUGCAGCAGACGUUGCUUGUGCACCCCGACGAGGAGGGGCGCCUGCGACAGAGACUGCGGUCAGAAGGAGACAGCAAACGCGUGACUCGAGAGGACGCGAUCUUCCUUCAGGCACUGAAAGAGGCUUCGCCGCUGCUCAGAGAAGAGUGGAGAGAGAAGGAACGAAGGCAAACGCAAGAGCGACAGAGACAAGAGGAAGCCCGAGACACCCGGGUGAAGGAAAAACUGACGCGUCGAGACCAGAUGCGCCUGUGGGAGAAGCUGCAGCGCCCAAGAGCCUGUCGAACGACAGCCGUAAAAGACGCGAGAGAGGAACGCGUUGAUAGCGAAGAAGGGGGAGAACGAGAUGGCAAUGGAAGGAACGCGAGAGCGCAGUGCUGUGGAAGGAACAUCGGGGAAGCAGAGACAGCCUUGGGGCAGACGAGAGCGCAAGCCGGGGGGUUGAGAGAAGCCGGCGAAGAAGUGCAGGAACCUCUGAGUUCACGGGUGGGAACCGAGAAGGCGGUCGACGACACUGCGUUUGCGGGUGAAGAGGCGCGAGGAGUCUGCUUCACCAAAUUUGAAGAAAGAGAAGAGACUGGAGAACCAGGCAACUUGUAUCGGCGCUUCGCCCUCGCAGAAGAGGCGGCGACGGCCCUCCUCUCUCACCACCAAGGACCGUUUGGGGACUCGACCCCACGCGUCUCUGGUUUCCACAGGCAAGUUCUCUCUGCUCUGCAGCCUGCUUUGCAGCUUCUCGAGUCGACCUGGAAAGAAGCGGAGCGGGAGCGAGACUGUCAGCGAGGCGGACACAACGGGGGGAGUCCGACGGACGACGCAGACGAAAAAAGAGAGCAGGAGAGACUCCCGAGGAGCCGACAGAGACCGGCGGUGCUCUCUUCAGCUCGAGGCGACAGUCCAGAAGACGCCCACCAGGCGAGAGCGAGAGUCACCGAGGAGAGAGGAAAAACAAAGAGUAGAGGGGAAGAGGGAAGAGAGGGAAGGAAGCGAAGAGAAGCAGACAAAAGAGAAGAUAGAGGAAACAAAGAAGGGAGACACGAAGGACUUGCAAGUCGAAAAGGCAGAGACACAUGCUGGAUCGCUCAGGAAACCCCAGCUGGACCGUAUGUCCUGGACAUUCUGGUCCUCCAGAGAAGAUGAAGUUGGAACACCGAGGAAUGAAAAGAGAGAAACGCGGAACGCAGAGAGCAGCAGAGAAGAAAGAGAGAAGACAAAAACAGAGACGAGAGAAACGAAGGAAAGGGAGAGAAGAAAGGGAGAGGCACACCCCGUUCUACGGGAGCCAAGGAGAAGUUGCGAGGCUGCGAGUGUGUGUAAGGUUAAGCAGGCGCUGGUUCUUGCCGUUCCGCCUUUUUCUGGCUCUCUUCAUCGUGUUGCUUCUACAGGCUGCUGCUGUUUCUCGCUUGUGCCUGCUUGUGUGAAUCCCCGCUGUUCCUCCUCUCGACUGCGUCCUCUUCAACCUGCGUCGCUGCAGGCAGCCGAAGGGAGGUCGGCCUGUCGCGACCGCUGCACAGGCUGGAGACCUUCUGGACCGAGGGAAAGUGCAGAAACAGUCCACCGAGGAGAGCGAGAGAGAGCAGAAGGGAGAGAACAAGGAGAAAUACGGAGGAAAGGAGAAAGGGAGAUGCAGAAAACGAGAGAGGGAUAGAACGAGGGAGGGAGGAGAGAACGAGAGAAGCGGAAGAGAGGGGAACGCGAGAAAGUGAGAGCGAGAGAAAUGCAGAGUUACACUGAGAACUGACAGAGAGAACGAGGGACAGCCGCGCAUGCAGCCGAGUGUCUGUCUCUGUUUUCUUUUGAUGAAGCUACAACGUGCUUCCCCGGACGUUUGUCACUCCCCAGGAGAGAGAGGACAGGCAGCGCAGGACAUGUUGUGAGUUUUACGGACCGACUCAGAUGUCUGUUCACUUCCUCAAAAAGUUCGCUCUCCUUCGAGUUCUCGACAGUCUCUUUCAAGGCAAAAGCCCAGCAAGCUGAAACAGGCGAACCCCCCAGCUGACACGGAGAAGAAACUCAGGUUCUUCUGCCGAGAAAGUUGUUCCUGCUUCCUGCAUGUCCCCGCAGUCGACUGGAGACAACUGACAGUGCGAUGAAUCUUCCUUCUCCCCACACUUGUUCUAUUCCAAAUCGGUCACCAGACCAAGGGAGCCACCCAUCUCUACACAUGCGUAUACAUACACCCAGAACCACAUAUUCACAUACAUACAUUCAGAUAUAUAUACAUAUACAUAGAUAUAUAUAUAUAUACAUA